AUGGCCGUGUGUAGAUUCUGGCAGCAGGGAAAUUGCAGAAACGGAGCUGACUGCAGAUUCGAACACUCCGAUCAAAAUGCCAAUUCCAAUAGGAAUGGCUUCCAUAAUCGAUAUGCGCCUCUUCAAAAUCAGCCUUCCAACCAAUCCAGCUCGAGAAAUAUCAUUACACAACGAGGAGGAAAUGAGGCGCAUAUACCUUUCAGUCUCGAUAAAGCGACUAUAAAGCAAGACCUCACGACCGACAGACCACAAUGGAUUCUGUCGGCAUAUGGACCUGGGCGCCAUGCGCCAGAGCAGUUGUUUGGUGGACCAGCGCGAGAACAAAGUUUUGAGGAAAUGCGCCUUCUCCAUUACAUUGCGGUAGCAUCUGGCAAUGCUCAACCAGCUAUACAAGAUGCAGAGAGAUUAUGGCAAGAAGCAGAUCAACAAAUUCAGACUGCGCUGAAUGAUAUAGAUGGCGCCAUAAAUUAUAUUGUCGCCUCUGACAGUAAGCAUCCAAAUCGGAUUGAUAUUUGUCAACAGGGCACCUCCACAGACCAAACACCUUGGGUUCAGAGGAGCGACCAUCCUCCUACAAACAAUGCUUUUGGUGCAGCUAAUCAAACGACCACAUCAGCAUUUGGGCAGCCGUCUACUCAAAAUGGCUCUGCAUUUGGUCAACCGUCUACUCAGAAUGGCUCUGCAUUUGGUCAACCAACCAACCAAAAUGGUACAACCUUUGGACAGCCUUCAACUCAGAACGCCGGUGCGUUUGGUGGGCCUUCCCAAGGCUUUGGAGUUGCACCACAAAAUGGGGCAUCUGGUGGUUUUGGCCAGCCAUCCGCUCUGGGCCAACAGCCAAGUGCCUUUGGUAGCACUUUUGGACAGCCUUCACAAUUAGAGCAAAGGGCUGGCGCUGGGGCUUUUGGAAACCCUUCAGCUCUUGGACAGAAACCAAGUCCGUUCGGUGCACCCUCAAAUGGUGCCAUGAAUUCUGGACAGGCAGGCUUCUCCAACUUUGGCGGUACAAGUAAUGCUUUUGGUCAUCCAAGUCCAAAUCCCUUGGUAAACCCCAUGGGAGGGGCUUUUGGUUCCAACCCUCUUCCUCCUGGGAUUCAACAAUCGAAGGUCAAUCCGAUAUCGCAAAAUAGCAACCCGUUGGCGCCUGUUAAUUCUUUCAAUCAGCCUGCUCCACCAAAUCCAUUUGGCUCAAAUUCCGGGAAUUCCCAAGCAUUCGGUGCUCCUUCUCCAGCGCCAAAUAACCCCUUUGGAGCUCCAAGUUCUCAACCUAUGAAUGCGAUGCAGAACCAAUUUACAGCUCCUGUUACACAAGAAGCACAGCAGUUUGGUAAUCAGCCAAGUGCUGGCAAUCUAAAUAUGACCGCCGGCGCCCCCCCUAUGAGAUCUGGCUCCGAUAUGAACACUUUCAGUCCAAAUUUCCGAGCACCACCAAAUGAUAAUAUAGUACCACAUCCUCCAGCUGAAAGUUACAUAAGGACUCGGGGUGACAAGUUGGAGUCUUUCAAUGGACUCCCAGUUGAAUAUAAGGACGGAGAGCCAGGGACUUCAGUGAAUGGCAAGUGGCACAAGAUAUGGUGUGCAAAGGGCUAUAUCGGACCAAACAAAACUACCGAAAUUGAGAAUGUGGCUUUUGAUGAGCCGACAACGGCGGCGUAUCUACAGGCGAGGCGAACGGGAGCUUUUCCAGGUGGUGUUAUGCCUAUGAUGCCACCCAAGAGGGAAUGGUGCUUGUUCAAUUUUUGA